CAAUUAGUGGCCUGUUGAGUAGUAUAUAUCUAAUUACUGGCUGUUAUAAUAAUCAAUAAUCACAAAAGAUCCAGAAAAAAGAAUUGGAAGGAAAGGAUUAUGGGAGACGAGGAAGUGAAGCUGUUCAGGACAUGGUCAAGUCCUUAUGCUCUAAGGAUUGUGUGGGCUCUGAAACUCAAGGGCGUCGAAUACGAAACAAUCUAUGAAGAAGUUUCCCACAAAAGCGAUCUUCUUAUUGGGUACAACCCCAUCCACAAGAAAGUGCCUGUGCUUGUGCACAACGGAAAACCCAUCGCUGAAUCUCUUGUAAUUCUUGAGUACAUCGAUGAGACAUGGAAGCAACAUCCUUUGCUGUCUGAUCAGCCUCAUCAGAGAGCCCUCGCUCGGUUUUGGGCCAAGUUUGGUGACGAAAAGGUUUUGCCGGCGAUUUGGGAAGCUUUUACCAAGCAAGGGAAGGAGCAAGAGGAAGCUCUUUCAACAGCUGUGGAGAACCUCAAGUACUUGGAGGAAGAGCUGAAGGGAAAGAAGCUCUUUGGGGGUGAGGAAAUUGGGCUUGUGGACAUUGCAUUGGGCUGGCUUGCAAACUUGGUGAGCGUAUUUGAAGAGAUUACCGGGCUGAAAUUAAUACCAGAAGAAAAGUUUCCUCUGUUGUUCAAUUGGAUGCAAGUUUUUGCGGAUAUUCCAGUGAUCAAAGAAAGUUGGCCGCCUCGAGACAAACUUGUUGCCAAAUUCCAUUCCAUUCGUGAGGCGUCUCUUGCAAAAGAAGCAGAAAAGGACAAGUGAGAAACUUCUUUUUUUUUUUCUGUGGUUUGUUCAAUGCCACGAGUCCUAUGAAUGUAUUGUCGACAAAUAAAUAAUGUUUAUAAAGGGACGGCCAUUCGGCCGGAUAUCAUGGUCUUAUUGUUUAUUUCAUAGCUUUGUGAAUUUAAAGCUUUCUCUA